AUGGGCUCCCAAGGCGGGAUCGGCCAGUCGAAGGAGUUCCUCGAUCUGGUCAAGUCAAUCGGUGAAGCCCGAUCCAAGGCGGAGGAGGACCGUAUAGUCCUCGGCGAGAUCGAAACCCUCAAGCGGCGACUCGUGGAGCCUGGAAUCCCCAAGCGCAAGAUGAAGGAAUACAUUAUCCGGUUGGUCUACAUUGAGAUGCUCGGCCACGACGCUUCUUUUGGGUACAUCCACGCCGUGAAGAUGACUCAUGACGAUAGUUUGUUCCUCAAGCGAACCGGGUACCUGGCGGUCACUCUCUUUCUCAAUGAAGAUCACGAUUUGAUCAUCCUGAUCGUCAAUACCAUUCAGAAGGAUUUGAAAUCUGAUAACUUUCUGAUCGUGUGCGCUGCAUUGAAUGCGGUCUGUAAGUUGAUCAACGAGGAAACCAUCCCUGCAGUUUUGCCGCAGGUGGUGGAGCUGUUGGGCCAUCAGAAGGAGGCUGUGAGAAAGAAGGCUAUCAUGGCUCUCCAUCGCUUCCACCAGAAGUCUCCUUCGUCUGUUUCCCAUCUCGUCUCCAACUUCCGCAAGAGGCUAUGUGAUAAUGAUCCUGGUGUCAUGGGUGCGACACUUUGCCCGCUUCUGGAUCUUGUAAAUAGAGAUGUUAGCUCGUUCAAGGAUUUGGUGGUCAGCUUUGUCAGCAUACUUAAACAAGUAGCUGAACACAGAUUGCCGAAGACCUACGAUUAUCAUCAGCUCCCAGCUCCGUUCAUACAGAUAAGGUUGCUAAAAAUUCUGGGAUUGCUUGGAAGUGGUGACAAGCAAGCAAGUGAGCAAAUGUACAUGGUUGUUGGUGACAUAUUCAGGAAGUGCGAUUCUUCAAGCAACAUAGGAAAUGCUGUCCUUUAUCAAUGUGUUUGCUGUGUAUCUUCAAUACAUCCUAAUCCUAAGUUGCUUGAAUCCGCUGCUGACGUAAUAGCAAGAUUCUUAAAGAGUGACAGCCAUAAUCUGAAGUAUUUGGGUAUAGAUGCACUUGGGCGAUUGAUAAAAUUGAGUCCAGAGAUAGCAGAACAACACCAGCUUGCUGUGAUAGAUUGCUUAGAGGACCCAGAUGAUACCCUAAAGCGGAAAACCUUUGAGCUGCUGCACAAGAUGACAAAGUCCUCCAAUGUGGAAGUCAUUGUUGACCGCAUGAUUGAUUACAUGAUCAGCAUAAAUGACAAUCAUUACAAAACUGACAUAGUAUCUCGAUGUGUUGAACUCGCAGAGCAAUUUGCACCUAGCAAUCAGUGGUUUAUUCAGACCAUGAACAGAGUCUUUGAACAUGCUGGAGAUCUGGUGAACAUUAAGGUUGCCCACAACUUGAUGCACUUAAUUGCAGAAGGAUUUGGGGAAGAUGAUGAUACUGAAUAUACUCACCUGAGAUCAUCCGCUGUGGACUCGUAUUUGCGAAUUAUAGGAGCACCAAAGCUGCCAUCUGUUUUUCUUCAAGUUAUUUGCUGGGUAUUGGGCGAAUAUGGAACAGCCGAUGGAAAGUAUUCUGCAUCAUAUAUUACUGGGAAGUUGUGUGAUGUGGCUGAGGCGUACUCAAACGAUGAAACUGUCAAGGCUUAUGCAGUGACGGCACUUAUGAAGAUAUAUGCUUGUGAGAUGGCUGCUGGGAGAACAGUUGACAUACUACCUGAGUGCCAAACCCUCAUCGAAGAAUUGUCAGCUUCCCACUCAACUGACUUGCAACAGCGUGCAUAUGAACUUCAAGCUGUCAUUGCCUUGGAUGCUCAAACUGUCGAAAACAUCUUGCCAUCAGAUGCAAGUUCUAAAGAGAUUGAGAUUGAUAAGAACCUUCCUUUCCUAAAUGAUCAUGUUGAACGUGCAAUAGAAAAAGGAGCUCAACCGUACAUCCCAGAAAGUGAACGGUCUGGGUUUUCAAGUGCCAGUUACUUGAACAGCCAAGACCUGCAUGAAGUUCCUCCUUCACAUGGCCUUAGGUUUGAGGCCUAUGAGCUUCCAAAGCAGCCCUCUGUGCCCCUUACAACUCCUCCUGUAUCUAUUGGAUCAUCCAAUGAACUCAUUCCAGUUCCUGAACCGACCUACAACAGGGGGACUCAAGCAGCCGUGUCUCUUCCAUCUUCAUCCAAUGCAGGACCUGCAGAGGUCAAGUUACGACUUGAUGGGGUUCAAAAGAGGUGGGGUCGGCCAACUUACUCCUCUUCUUCAGCCUCCACAAGUGCUGCUGCUUCACAAGAUACCAUCAAUGGGGUGACUCCACCGGAUGGAGCUACAACAGUUACUCCUGCUAUUUCUAAAGGACGCGAAACUACUUAUGAACCAACAAGGAAGACACAGCAAGCAGUAGAAAUAUCUCCAGAAAAGCAGAAGCUUGCAGCAUCACUGUUUGGAGGUUCAUCGAAACAAGAAAGGAAGUCGUCUUUAGGCGGCGGCCACAAGACUGCAGCCAAGCCAACUGGUGGCCAUGCAGCUGAGGCGCCGGCUAAGAAGAUGGCUGCUCCUGUUCAGCAGCCACCACCUCCAGAUUUGCUCGACUUGGGCGAAAUGACUGUAGCAACCACGGGUCCAUUGAUUGACCCAUUUAAGCAGUUGGAAGGGCUGCUCGACUCGGUUGAGCUAGCUUCAUCUACCAAAAAUCACGUUGAUGUCAGUGCCGCGAAAGGACCAGAUGCUAUGGCCUUUUACGGGGACUCUGCUACUACUGUCGAGCAAGGGGGGCAUCAUUUCUCGAGCAUUGACGAUGUCGAUAAUCUUGUGUCUGGUUUGUCAUCUGCAACAACAGACGCGUCCUCAGGAGGAGGGAUUCCAACUUCACAACUGACCACCCAAAACAGUAAAGGUCCAAACCUAAAAGACGCCUUGCAGAAGGAUGCAUUGGUAAGGCAGAUGGGUGUGAACCCAUCUAGCCAAAAUCCCAACUUGUUUAAGGAUUUGCUUGGCUGA